AGAACAGAGCUAAUCCUGGCUCCUCACAGGAAGAAGUUUUGCAUUGCCUGGGAUGACCAUUGUCCCAGCACCUUUUUGGGUGAGGCAGGCACUACCUCUUGGCCACCAGGAGAUUUCCUUUUGCCCAGCACUCCGGAUAUUGUGGUUUCAUGAUCACCCUAGCCAACCCAAAUGCGGGCUGCUACAGCUGUGUGCUCCCUGGUCCCACCCUCUUACUCAUGCUGGCCCUGAAGAGCUGUUUCAGCAGGCCAAGCUGGCACAAAUCUCAUAUAACAAUUAAAAAAAAAAAAAGAAAAGUUUUUUGUUAAGUCAGAGUACUGAAACAGCUCAGCCAAAUGCUUGGCGAGUAAUAACAUAAAUGAGAAGGGAACCUAAUUUAACCCGGAAGGUGGCUCCAGUGCCAAAGUUAGUCCUGCUGCACAUGGUGGAAUGAAGUAGAUCAUAUCCAAAAGUCUCUCAGCACCUGAAUUACAAAAGUUUAGGGCAGGGUAGGGCUGCAGUAGCCAGCUUGGUUUCAUGAUUGCGUGGGACUUCUGCAAUUCAAGGUGCACUGCAUUGUCCAGGAACAGCCUCAUGCCUCAUCCUGUGCCAUCACCAAGGCUGGAAGGAUGUGCUACUGCCUUAUGUGCAGCCAAGCACGCUGCACAGCAACACGAGCAGUCUAGCUGGGCCUAAUCUGAGAAACCACAUUGUCAAACUGUGAGCUGCCAUCCCCAUCGGCGUCAAGUUGUGAAUAAUAAUGAAAAAAAAAGCGUAUAGGUGUGUUUAUGCUGUGUGCAACUGCAGAAAGGGGGUUACCCUGCCUCCUUUAAGCCUGGCCUCUCCCUUAUGUCUGCUACAGCACUGAUGUGGCUGAGGCGCUCCGACUCGCAAAGCUGGCAGAAAACAGCCUUGCUGCAAGGCGGGCUGCGUGCCAGCGUGUCAGCGCCACGAGCCCGGGGCCGUGCCAGAGCCGGCGCAACUGCGGGGCACGGCUCACACGGCGACAGGAGGCCAUCUGACCCGGCCACCGGCGAAGCGCAGGGCUCUGGCGUCCGGCCCAGGGCGACAGGUCGGCCGACACGACGCGGGGCAGGGCAGGAGGAGGUGGGUUGCCCCGAGCCGCGCAGAAGAGACGCCCGGCGCCGGCCUCCGACGGCUGGCCCGGACGAAGGUAGGUGAGGGCGCGUGGACGGGAGCCCGGCGGAGGGGCGGGACCGUUCAUGAAUAUUCAUAUUUCUUAUGAAUAUUCACGAGGGCCGCGCACCCGCACGGGCACGUCACGUCGGGGAGGCCUCCUGGGCCGGAAGCCGUCUCAACGCCGGGCUGGGGAGCGCCGCGCGCCGCCACAGCUACUUCCGCCCUCCCCGCAACCCGGGCUCUCCGCUCGCCAGCACCCGCGCUUCCGGUAGGCGCGCGCCCACCUCUGCCCCCCUCUUCCGGCCCAGCCGCCCGCCCACCACGCUCCCGCCGCCGGGAAGCCGACCCAGGCCGGCGGCUGCCGCCGCUCCUCCUCUUUUUCAAGAGAAGCCGUCGAUGACGCCGUUCCGCUCCGCUCGGCGCCCCGGAAGAGCUGAGUCGCGCUCCUCCUCUUGAUCCGGAAGCGCCUCGCCGCUCCUCUUUCCGAGACGGCCCUGGAAGGAGGAGCGAUGCAAGAGGAGGGAGAGUGAGAGGGGAGGGUACAUUGACAUCUGUCUGAUACUAGACUGGUGAAUAGGAAGAAGGUCCCAUCUCUGGCCCGUUUGUGGAAGCUGGGAUGAUGAAGGCACUGCAGUGGGAACGUGCUGUGGUACAGGGUUGAAGCUCCAGCCCAUGUGGGAUAGUUAUAGAGCAAUUGGAAGGGUUGCGUGCAGAGUUCUGGUAAAGAUGGAAGAAUCUCAUUUCAACUCCUCUCCGUACUUCUGGCCAGCAGUGCCCACGGUUUCGGGACAGAUUGACAACACCAUGUUUAUUAACAAGAUGAAGGAGCAGCUAUUGCCCACAGAGAAGGGCUGCAGCCUUGCUCCCCCCCACUAUCCUGCCUUGCUGACAGUGCCCACCUCAGUGGCCCUUCCCACUGGCAUUGCAAUGGACUCUGACACCAAGCCGGAGCAGCUGACACCACACAGCCAAGCCCCUGUGACUCAGAACAUCACCGUGGUGCCAGUGCAGUCUGCUGGGCUCAUGACAGCAGGUCCUGGUCUCGUGAUAACUUCUCCAUCAGGCUCCCUGGUGACUACAGCCUCCUCUGCACAAACCUUUCCCAUCUCAGCUCCCAUGAUCGUCUCUGCACUACCCCCUGGCUCCCAGGCAGCCCUCCAGGUGGUGCCUGACCUGACCAAGAAGGGGACAACCACCCUCUCCGAAGGUGGGGGGGGGGGCGGGGGUGGGGGAGUUGCCCCCAAACCGCCUCGGGGCCGGAAGAAGAAACGAUUGCAGGAAUCGGGGCUGCCAGAGAUGAGCGACCCCUUUGUGCUGUCAAACGAGGAUGAUGAGGACCAGCACAAGGAUGGCAAGACAUACAGUUCCGUGAGCAGCGGAACUAAUGAAGCCUGGUUUCCAGCGGCUCUCUCCUGUGUGGAUUCUCUGAUGUCUAAUCAAGGGUGCCGGAUGUGUUCGCUGACCUUCUACUCCAAGUCGGAGAUGCAGAUCCACUCCAAGUCCCAUACGGAGACAAAGCCACACAAGUGUCCUCACUGCUCCAAGAGCUUCGCCAACAGCUCCUACCUGGCCCAGCACAUUCGCAUCCACUCAGGGGCCAAGCCCUACACAUGCAGCUACUGCCAGAAGGCCUUCCGCCAGCUCUCCCACCUGCAGCAGCACACACGGAUCCACUCCAAGCUCCACACGGCGAUUGUCAAGCCGCACAAGUGUCCUCACUGCUCCAAGAGCUUCGCCAACACAUCCUACCUGGCCCAGCACCUCCGCAUCCACUCGGGGGCCAAGCCCUACACCUGCCGCUACUGCCAGAAGGCCUUCCGCCAGCUCUCCCACCUGCAGCAGCACACACGUAUCCACACUGGGGACCGACCCUACAAAUGCGCUCACCCUGGUUGUGAAAAGGCUUUCACGCAGCUUUCCAACCUGCAGUCCCACAGACGGCAGCACAACAAAGACAAACCUUUCAAGUGCCACAACUGCCACCGUGCAUACACAGAUGCUGCCUCGCUGGAGGUACACCUGGCUACACACACGGUGAAACAUGCCAAGGUCUAUACCUGCUCCAUCUGCAGCCGGGCCUACACCUCGGAGACGUACCUGAUGAAGCACAUGCGGAAACACAACAUCCCUGAUCCACAGCAGCAGGUGGUUCAGGCCCAAGCCCAGGCCUCUCAGCAGCAGCAGCACUUCCAGCCACAGGGAGGUGGGGCAGCAGGGGGCCCUUCUGGAGACACUAACCAACCCAAUCCUCCCCCUCAGUGCUCCUUUGACCUGACUCCUUACAAGACUUCAGAGCAUCAUAAGGACAUCUGCCUCACUGUCAGCACCAGCGCCAUCCAAGUGGAGCACCUCUCCAGCUCCUAGAGAGACCUCAAGCCAGGGAGCAGAAAGCCUCUUGUGCAUAGCCUGCGCCCAGGGGCACCGCUUGUGUGGUGGCCCUCCUCGUGCAACAGUCUCCGGCCUCUCCUCCUGCAACAGCCUCUUCUGGCUGUGUAACCCUGUUCAUGGCAGCCCCUUGAAUAACAGCCUUUAUCAAGGGGGUGCUCCUUCUGUGCAACAACCUGCCUGGUAGGAGGAUGCUUCCUUGUGCAAGAGCUCCUUUCCUGUGCUGGGAUCACUUCCUCAUGCAAGAGCCCCUCCUUUAAAACCCAAAGAAAGGCCUCUGUUUUGCCUUCUCUCACUGUAGGAUGCGUAUGAAGGGGUGGGGAGGUGUUGAGACAUGCGUGGUGAAUGGAAUGGAGUCCUAGUAUGUACAGGGGCUUGGACAUGCUUUCAGUGGGCCACAGAAGAAUGUGGCAGGGUUCACAACUGGAUGGUUUAUUUUUAUUUUUUUUUGAGGAUUUCCUUGAGUGUCUAAGAGGGAAAUAUCCAUUCCUGUUCCUCCUGCUUGUGAAAGGGAGGAGGGGUCGAUUGUUCUGCCCCCAGGACUGGAUGGGAGAAACCUCCCCAGUGGAAAGUGAGACCAGUGUGGGGGAGAGAUGAGGCAUGUUCUCUGGGCUGGACAGGUGCCUGCACUGCCUGGGGGCUAUGGAGUAUUGCACUCUUUCUUCUCCCCUAGUGGAGAGCAAUAGAGAGGAGUCUGUUGGAACUGGCUGCUGCCUCUCCCAGCUAUCUGAGCAGCGUAAUGGCCAAGGCCCCAUAGGAAUGUGGGUUCCUGCUCGUUGCUCUUCCUGCCCGUUGUGGAUGAUGUCCUAGCAGCUUGUACUUCUCUCCCUCCUGCUUCCCCCACCUCCUCAGAAAAGCCUGCAGGCAUCAACAACAAACCAAAAAGCAAUGGAGGGGAGGGUGAGAGACUGCCAAAAUAAUCAUCGCCCUUCUCUCUACUCCCUUUCUCGCAAGGUGGAACAACAGCAGUUCUGACUCACACCCCCCUGUCCUGCCCCGUUUCCUAAAGGGAAGGAGGAGGAGGAGUAGACCAGUCUUUCAAGGAGCCGGCGGGUGAUAGGGAAAGGCUAGCUUCUCUGCUCAGCUCCCACCAGAGUGCUCUCUCAGGCUCCUCUUGCCAAGACGGGCUGGACUCACAUGGCAGUGGUGGCCUCUUCUGGACCCUGAUCAUGGGAGAGAAUCCCCAAAAGGUGGACAGUGGAGAGAAAGGGAUGAAGAUCCCCACAGAGAGACCAAUCUAAAGAGAACGGGGAGCCAACAAGAAUAAACUGAAGGCCCCGUGAAUUUAUAUAUAUAUACAUAUAUAUAUAUAUAAAUAUCUAUUCCCCACCCCUGGCCCGCUCUGUCCUUGCUGUAACUGUUUCUAUCUCUGUGUUUAUAAAACGCAUUAUCCUGGCAAAUUUUUAUUUUCAAUCUUCGUUUGUUUUUCCCUCUCUCUUUGUCUUCUCUUCUCCUUCCCUUUUGGUUUGUUUGUUUGUUUUAAUUUUUUUUUUUUUUUUUUGGUCCACAUGACUAUGGUCUUGUGUAUCACUUCUUAGUUCCUUUGGAUCGUGGAGGCUGACUCAAAUGAAAAGGCAAGGGAAAAAAGCAUGUGUUGGGAUUUUAAAAUACCCACUCAAAGCCUAUAGUUUCAGAUUUCUGUACGAACAAACAAAAGGAGCUUUUCUUUUUUUUUUUUAAUCACCUUGUGUAGAAAUAAACUGGUGUAAAAGGCUCCUCAGAGGUGCUACUGCAGGCACCCUGCCCCUGUGCCGUGUGUUCCUUCCCCACGCACCAGACUGCAGCACGAGCAUCUUGCUGCUGCAAGCACCGAGCACCGUAAUGCAUCCCUGUCUUCAGGCAGCCUUGUGGUUUGCGUAGUGAAAGUUGGAGCUCUGCACCUGGGUAGUCUGUGGCAGAGAGUUGCUUCUCUGUGUUUAGUCAGCAGGCUUGGCUGCAAGUGGCUGAAGUUUUUUGUAGGUUCACAGAUGAGGCUAGAAGAGAAUACCUGACUCCUACAUUUUACAGGUGACAUUUCAAGCUAUUUAUUCUGCACUGAGCCUCGAUAGCUAAGGUGUAUUGUAAGUGCACGUUCACAGAAUGUAUUGGCUUGAUUUUGAGGCACAGGGAUACAGCAAAUCCCUUCCAUUGGUAACCCGCUGCAAGGGCUUUGUGUUCUUGCUCUCUAAAUAUCUAAGUCUGGUUUCUCUUGGAUUUGGUUGCCUUUGGCUUCCAGUUCAGAUCCAUCCUACUGAUUUAGAGAACCUUCGAGCUUCCUCCUCUGACCUGGUAUUUAAAACACUAGCAUCUCUCAAAAUCUACUUUUUACAAUCUAAGUAGAGGGAACUCCUUCAGUCUUCCACUAUAAAGGAUUUCCUCCUGCCUGUGAAUUAUUGUCUUUUAUUUUCACAUCAUGUCAAUUUUUUCUGAAUCCUGUAAAAACAUUCAUUUCUGAAUUAAGUGUUCAAUCUCCAGUGCCAUGCACAAGGUUGCCCUUCCCUUUGCCUUAAGUCUGCAGAGGAUUGCAUUUUCUCUUUUCUCCAGCAUUAUACAGGAGCUCAUGUUAGCUGCUUAUCUGGUGCAAUUCUAAAUCAUCAGAAAUCUCAGCUUCCUAUGGUAAUCUUUUCCCCUUUCUAUAUAGUCAGAGUUCUUAUUUCCUGUUUGUUUAAUGUGAGACGGUCUCAAAGUCCAUUUUGUUUGACCUGGCUUAUAGUGGUCCAGGUCACAAGCCACUUUUGCCAGUUUUUGUCACCCACAAACUGUAUCAGUUGUUACUUUUUAACUUUCAGAUCCAUCUGACCUACACUAACUUGAAAAGCAUCAUUCAGUGCAACUUUUUAUUAGCUUCUUUUUGAGACUUGCAGGCUAGAAGGCAUUUCUUAAUCCUCUUAGUAUGUGAUUAUGUACAGUAAAUCUUUUUGACUUAUGGUGCUAGGUCAAUGCCUUAUGAAAAUUUAAGUAUGUUGCACCUAUGCAGUCCCCUUUGUUAAACCAAACGUAUAAUGAUGUCAUCAAUGAAUGAAUCCAGGGUUUCAUUUUUUUUUUCCCCUCUACAAAACCUGUAUUUCGUAAAUCUUUGGGUUAUAGGAUUCAUUCUUCACUCAUUCAUUCAUUCUUCAUCUUAACGGGUUUUCCAUUAUUUUGCCUCAGACUGAUUUUGAUGCUGAGUCCUUUCAUUUGCAUUUUGGGAAUACUGUCGUGAAUGUCUUACAGUAUUUCUCUAAUAUCCCACAUUUAAUUAAAAUUGGAACUGCUGGGCUAGAGAGCUUGCUAGUCCACUCUUCUAGGACUGUUUCUUUACUGACUUAAAAAUAUAUGUCCCCAAUAGAUGUUGUCUGAUUUCUUGCUUUGAUACUACGGUACUGAAGAGAAGUUGCUAUUUUCAUACUCCUGCCACGUUCUGUUUCUGACUAUGGGAUUAGAAGUAUUUGCUGACUGAUUUUCUUUAUUCUCUAGCAGUUUAAUCAUUUUUACUUAGCAUGGAUAUUAGCAGUAUUUAUUUGUCUGCUUUUUAUUAAAACAACAACAACAACAACAACCAAAACCAACAAAAACACAUGAAACAAAAACAAAUGAAAGCUCCAAAAUUCCUUUCCUUUUAUCGGUGGUUUUGCUUGCCACAAAUUUUUCCUUACUAGUUUUUGAGGGUUUUUUUUUUCUCUAUCUAAUAAUAUUUGUUUUAUCUCAUUUGUCUGGCCUUCCCCUUUUCCAUGUGUUGUAUUUUGGCCUUUUGUCUUUUUUUUCCCCCCUUGUUUCAGUUGUUUUUUCUUGCUCACAGACUUUCUCACUGAACCCAGAACAAGCUUUUCCUGAAAGCUUUGUGGAAUUGGGAUGUUUUUGGCCAUACAAUCAUAUUUUAAUUAAAGAAUAGUUUUCAUUCACA